AUGCCGAGACCUGCAGUGGCAGCGUACAGGGCGUUGCAGUGGGAUCAAGAGCGCGGAUUCAAGACCAACGUCCUUCAGGUCCGUAAGGGAUACGUUGUCGAGAUCAACAACGUCCUCGCUGUCGUCCUCAAGCGCGAGUCCUCAGUGAUGGGUCGUGGAACGUCAACAGUCAAGCUCGAUCUUCAGGACUUGUUGACAGGAACCAAGCACACGGAGCGGUACAGAUCGGGAGACAUGGUUGAGGUGACAGAGUUGGAAGAGCACAAGUGUCAGUUCCUCUACAAGGGUGAGGGCCAGCUCCAUCUCAUGGAUCCCGAUACCUUUGAAAUGUACGAGGUCCCAGAAUCUGUGCUCGAAGAGAAGCAGAUCCAAUUGCUGUUGCCUGAUAUGCCAGUAUCGUUGUCCAUGUUCCAGCCUGACCCAGAAGUCCCUGGGAAGCCCAUUUCGAUCAAGCUGCCCUCUCAGGCUGUCUACGAAAUCACGGAGACGCACCCCUCGGCACAGCAGGCCAACAAGGGUACGAUCUACAAGAACGCAGACUUGCAGAACGGGAUCAAGGUGCAAGUGCCAGACUUUGUCAAUGUUGGUGAUAAGGUCAUUGUCGACACCGAGACCGGCAAGUAUAUCAAGCGCGCUUAA